AUGGAAGAAGCUGCACCAGUUUAUGUUGUUUUGGCAGGUGCAGGUGAUCAUGCAGAUUCACCAAAAGUUAUUUAUAAGUGAGUAUUUAACUUUUUUUCAAAAAACGAAAUAAUUGAUUUUUUCAGUUCCGUAAAAGACGUGGCGAAAUUUGUAAACUCUCCAGAAGGAAAGAAAAUCAACGCAAGGUUCAGGAAAUUUGGAACUCCUCGAGAAGCUCAAAAUUUUCUCGAUUCGGGACCUUGUUUUUCAGCAUGCGAAGAGAAAGAAAAGGAAAAUGUAGCAGUUCCAUCAGAACCAGUCAGUCCAUUUUCGGGAGUCAAUCGAAUACAAAUGAAUGAGCUCAAAAAGUAUAUAGAUAAAGGAGAUAUGGAAAAUUUCAUGCGAUUAGUGGAGACAAAUCCUCGAUUUUUGGUGAAUACCGGCGGCGAUGUCGCUUCGAUUGUUAUGGAGGGAUUUCGAUACAAUGCUCUUCAUCUCGCUGCAAAAGCGGGACAAGCUGAAAUCGUUGCCAAAGUUUUAAAUCUCUGUAAUUGUCUGAAAUUUCUCACAAGAUUAUAUGGAACGAGCGAAGAAGAUGUUUUGCAACGCCGUGAUUUUAUAAUCUCUUCAUAUUUGAAUACUCCAGAUAAAGGGAAUUUCGAUACACCUUUGCAUUUUGCGACGAAAUUUGGAAAAUUGAAUGUUGUCAAAGAAUUGGCCAAAUAUCAAUUACUUGAUAAAACAGCAAAAAAUAAGUGAGUUUAUUAUUUUUCAAUAAAAUUUUUAAUGCUGAUUUUUUUAGAUCUGGAAAAACUGCACUGGAAGUCGCUUGUGAACGAUAUAAUGAAAAUGAUAAGCAAGAAGUUUUGCGGGAAAUUCAGUUAACUUUGCAAGGAAUUUAUGUGAAUUUGACAAGAACACAUGAAAAUACGCGACCAAGUUUACGAAUUUCGACAACUUCCCAAAUCGACAGUGAUAUUUUGAAAAUCUGCGCAUCUGCUGGACCCUUUUUAUCCUAUGAUUUGGCAGAAGAAUUUGCUAAAAAAUGGCAAAUUUCUGGAAAAGAAAUAAAGUUGCUUGAUUUUGAGAAAGGAUGGGAAAAAGUUGGACGAGUUUUAGCUGGAAAUGAAUGUGAGAAUCGAGUUGGAUGGGCUGAAACAUGGCGAUUUUUGGGAGAAAAUGAUGGAUUGGUGAAUUUGGAGACAGAAAAUGGAUUGAGAAUUGUUGAGGAAUUUCUAUCGAAGCGAAAAACUUUGUUGAGGCAAGUAAAUAAAUUUCAAAAAUAA